AUGCGCAUCCCCAUCAGAGAGCAGCUCGCUGGCCUGAUCCUGCUGGCCGCUGCCAUAGGCCUUGCUGUCAUAUCCAUAGCGACAUGGUACACCAGCCACAACUUCAUCCUCGAGAUCCGCACCACCAGACUUUCCCUGACCGCAUCGCUCAAAGCAGCCCAGAUCGCUUCCAACCUGGCCCUCAUUCAGAACAGUGUUCAGCUCGUCUCGAGUCGACUCGCCAUGCAGAACGCACUUAUGCGGUACAAUCAGCAAGGCAACAAUACCGCGGCAAACUGGGCUUCUGCUCAGUCAGACUUCAGCGCCGUCAUCGCCGGUCCCGUUUCUGGCACUGUCGGCCAGGCCCUCAUGCUGCAGGGCAAAAUCUUCCCUCGCGAUGCCAACGGUCCCAAUGGCCGCUACUCGGUUCUGAACGCUACCUCGGAGAAUCUCGAAACCAUUCUUCUUCCCUACAAGGCUCCCAAUGGAAGCGAUGUAUAUCUGAGCGACACCGACUACGGCUAUCCUCCUGAGCUCUACCCCAACCUGACUUACUUCUCCGUCCCAAUCAACAGCUCGUACAGCGAGUCACGAGCCAUUUAUAACGGUGAGGUGUUGAAAGCCCCCAAUUCUACCUUGCUUCUGGGCCCCUACUCCGUCAACUCCACCUUCAGUCUGUUGUCUCUUACCAUGCCCGUCAUCAACAACACCUCAGCUAUAGAUGUCCUGGGAUGGCUGACCAUUGUCUGCGACGCUCGUUUGAUUGGUAGUGUCCUCGCUUCCACCGAGGGUCUAGGCUCUACCGGACUGACUCUUGUUGUCGGCCCUGCUAACACUACCAACCAUUUCCCCAAGGGUUUACUUUAUAAUUCUGCCGACCCCGGGACAGUUGACCCAGCUGACGUCCAAGGACGCUACAUCUGGCCUCUACCAGAUGGGUUUGCGUAUCGUCAUCCUGGAUUUUCAGGCAACGUCAAUAGUCCAGAUUUCAACAUUACAAGCUAUCCGGCUGUCGUCACCGCUCUUACCGAGGAUCAACAUGCGAUUGGUAAUGCUGGGGGUGACAUCAGCACCCGCGAUGAAGCUGGCAAAGGGGUCUCUGUUGGUUAUGCUGUCCCGGAUACCUCACUCGUCGAUUGGGUUGUGAUAGUCGAACAAGACAAGUACGAAGUUUGGCAGCCAAUUCGCCACUUGCGCAAAGUUCUCUUAACAUGCAUCUUCUCGGUCUUGGGCGGCGUGAUACUNUUUGCUUGGCCGCUUGCCCACUUUGCAAGCGCUCCUAUCAGAAGGCUUCGGGAGGCUACACGCAGAUCUGUGUUGCCCAUGGGAUACUCGGAAAGCAACUACAGCCGGGAUUCCCACGACAUGUUCAAUAACAAUGACGGCGAUGGAAGCAAUGAUGAGCAAGCAGACGCAGUCAUUGCUCGCAAAGAAGGGUUUCUCGCAAACGUCAGCAGUUGGAACAUGAGAAACAAGCAGUCGCGAAAAGAACGAAAAGAGGAACACCGCAGGCGUCAAUUCCAUAUUCCUGGCAAGGUCAAGGAACGCAAAACCUGUAUUCAGGACGAGUUGACUGAUCUUACGCGGACUUUCAACGAAAUGUCGGACGAGCUUAUGAUGCAGUACGAACGUCUGGAAGAAAGAGUGAAGCAACGCACGGCAGAGUUGGAGCUCAGCAAGAAGGCUGCUGAAGCGGCCAACGAAAGCAAAACGCUCUUCAUUGCCAAUAUUUCGCACGAGCUCAAGACUCCCCUAAAUGGUAUCCUGGGCAUGUGUGCCGUAUGCAUGCAAGAAGAGGAUCCCACGAAGCUGAAGAGAUCUUUGGGCAUCAUCUACAAGAGCGGUGACCUCCUUCUCAACCUUCUGACGGAUCUUCUCACUUUCAGCAAGAAUCAGGUCGGUCAGCAACUGAGCCUGGAUUCCAAAGAGUUUCGAUUACGUGAAAUCAGCUCGCAGGUCUUGGCCAUCUUCGACAAACAAGCCAAGGAAGGACAGAUCACUCUGCGCGUCGAGUUCCAAGGUGCCGAAGCAAUGAACGGUAUAGUCUUCCCUUCGGAUGAGGAGCGUACGCAAUACGGUCCAGCUGGCACAGGGCGCGUAAAAGACAUGAUUCUCUGGGGAGACGUUCAUCGUAUCUUGCAGGUGGUGAUCAACCUGGUUUCGAACAGUUUGAAAUUUACCCCCGCUGGUGGCUCGGUCGUGCUGACUGUUCGCUGUACCGGCGAAGCUGAAGCCAACAGCCGCAAGACAUCCAUGCAAUCUAAGAGCUCAAAGGCCAUCUCUAGCCGACACAAGAACUCUGAUGCUUCGCUUGCCGGACCUUUCGGAGCUAAAAACUCCGCCACUGCCAACGAGAUCAAUCCUUACCGCGAAAGAUCCGACGCCUAUGCACACAUUCUUGCCUCUGAAAGGCCAGCAUCUCCACCUCCCGGACGAACUUUUUUGUUCGAGUUCGAGGUCACGGACACCGGACCGGGUAUUGCAGAACACCUUCAACAACGUAUCUUCGAGCCGUUUGUUCAAGGUGAUCUUGGCCUUAGCAAAAAGUUCGGUGGUACCGGUCUGGGUCUAAGUAUCUGCUCUCAAUUGGCCACACUUAUGAAAGGCACCAUCGAACUAGACAGUGAAUUGGGGCGCGGCAGUACAUUUACCAUGCGUAUACCUCUUCGACACAUUGUAACCAGAUCUGACAGUACCGCGAGUUCGGUUGUUGGUAACAGCAACGAUGUCGGGCUAGGACUGGAAGGAUCUCGUUCGCCACAGCGCGUCAGUCAACUCAUCACUGACGACGCGCAAUCACACCGAUCAGGUCAUUCGCACACUAGUACUGGUCAGUCGCCAACGGUCGCUCAGGCACAGGCUCCCAACGUACAGAACUAUUCAAUGGAUGCACAGCCUCGCCUGGUCGGGCUCAGUCAGCCCUUCUUCUCAACCAACCAAGCUAUGGAGUCGCCUGGCUCUCAAGCAGCAGCAAUGGAGAAGAUCACCCAGGACGUCAAAGAGACUGGCAAGAUUCGCGUGCUUGUUGCUGAGGAUAACAAGGUAAACCAAGAGGUUGUUCUGCGUAUGCUCAAGCUUGAGGAUAUCUACGACGUGACCGUCGCAAAGGAUGGCCAGGAAGCCCUGGACUUUGUCAAGGAAAGCAUGACUAUCCCUGGCCGACAUCCUUACAACCUCAUCUUCAUGGAUGUUCAGAUGCCCAAUCUUGACGGUCUUCAAUCGACACGACUCAUCCGUGACCUGGGUUAUGAUGCUCCCAUUGUUGCUCUCACUGCAUUUGCCGAAGAGAGCAAUGUCAAGGAUUGUCUCGAUUCAGGCAUGAACUACUUCCUCAGCAAGCCCAUUCGACGACCGGCGCUCAAGAAGGUCCUCAGNGAGUACUGCCCUCCUAUCAUCGAGGUUGAUGAGGAGGUCAGUCCCAUGGCGGAGAAGCCUCAACCCAAGCCUAUGUCGAAAUCUGCACCACAGAUUCAAGAAUCGCCAAUACGGAAUCAAUCACCUCCGCCGCGUCCGAUGUCUCCGGCGAUCUCGGUGCACUCCAUUGGCAAUUCAAGGAGCAGGACCACAAUCGUGAACCAGAACUCCAGACCUAACUCUCUUGAUCUUCCCGGGCCACGCAUGUCUGGCGAGAACUAG